GGGCGGUGCCCGCGCUCGGCCAUGGGCGGGUCCUGCCCGGAGCUGGGCGGGGUCCGGCCGUCACGCGCGGCCCCGCCCCCUCGCCCUUCGUCGCUCUCCCCGAGGCGGCAACCGCUCGUCGUCAGCUCUUCCCGGUUGGUCCGGUCAGCUGUACCCCGGUUCUCUGGUGACGAUGGGGGACCCCAGCAAGCAGGACAUCCUGACCAUCUUCAAGCGCCUCCGCUCGGUGCCCACUAACAAGGUGUGUUUUGACUGUGGUGCCAAAAACCCUAGCUGGGCAAGCAUAACCUAUGGAGUGUUUCUUUGCAUUGAUUGCUCAGGGUCACACCGGUCACUUGGUGUUCACUUGAGUUUUAUUCGGUCUACAGAAUUGGAUUCUAACUGGUCUUGGUUUCAGUUGCGAUGCAUGCAAGUUGGAGGAAACGCUAACGCAUCUUCCUUUUUCCAUCAGCAUGGGUGUGCCACCAAUGACACCAAUGCCAAGUACAACAGUCGUGCUGCUCAGCUCUACAGGGAGAAAAUCAAGUCGCUUGCCUCCCAAGCCACGCGGAAACAUGGCACCGAUCUGUGGCUUGAUAGUUGUGUGGUUCCACCUUCAUCCCCUCCACCAAAGGAGGAAGACUUUUUUGCCUCUCAUGUUUCUCCUGAGGUGAGUGGCACAGCUUGGGCAUCAGCAUCAUCAGAACUGUCUUCUUUUACACCAAGGGCCAUGGAAACCACUCCAGAAAAUAGCGAAGGUGGACCAGAAGAAGGACCAAGUGUGGAAGGUCUCAAUUUACCAACAAAAGCUGCUUUAGAAGUUUCCUCUAUCAUAAAAAAGAAACCAAAUCAAGUUAAAAAAGGACUUGGGGCCAAGAAAGGAAGUUUGGGAGCCCAGAAACUGGCGAACACAUCCUUCAAUGAAAUUGAAAAACAAGCUCAAGCUGUAGAUAAAAUGAAGGAACAGGAAGACCUUCUGGCCAGGGCGGCCCCUAAGGAAGAAUCAAUGGUUUCAUCAUUACGAUUAGCCUAUAAGGAUCUUGAAAUUCAAAUGAAGAAAGAUGAAAAGAUGAACAUUAGUGGCAAAAAUAAAGUUGAAUCAGAGAGACUUGGCAUGGGAUUUGGACAUGGCAGAAGCGCAAUUUCACAUUCAGUGACUUCAGACAUGCAGACCAUAGAACAAGAAUCACCCAUCAUGGCAAAACCAAGAAAAAAGUAUACUGAUGACAAUGAUGAUUCGUAUUUUACUUCCAGCUCAAGGUACUUUGACGAGCCAUUGGAGUUAAGGGGCAGUUCAUUUUCUAGCUGGGAUGACAGUUCAGAUUCCUACUGGAAAAAAGAAACCAGCAAAGAUACGGAAACAGUUCUGAAAACCACAGGCUAUUCUGACAGACCUACUGCUCGCCGCAAGCCAGAUCAUGAGCCAGUUGAAAACACAGAUGAGGCCCAGAAGAAAUUUGGAAACGUCAAGGCCAUUUCCUCAGAUAUGUACUUUGGAAGGCAAGCCCAGGCUGACUAUGAAACCAGGGCCCGGCUGGAGCGGCUCUCGGCGAGUUCCUCCAUAAGCUCGGCUGACCUGUUCGAUGAGCAGAGGAAGCAGCCAGCAGGGAACUACAGCCUCUCCAAUGUGCUGCCCAACGCCCCCGACAUGGCGCAGUUCAAGCAAGGAGUGAGGUCUGUUGCUGGAAAACUCUCUGUCUUUGCGAACGGAGUCAUGACUUCAAUUCAGGAUCGCUAUGGUUCUUAAUAUUGAUGUCAUGAUGUGUGUUUCCUGGAGAAAUUCCUCCUCUUUAAAUGAAGCAGCAACCACGUCACGGGCUGCGAUGAAGACCAGACAGUUUUGCAGAUUGUUUUGCUACUUUUUCACAUGGUUUAUGUACGUUUCUGAUUUUUAAUAUUUCUUCGGAGAAAUUCUUAUUUUUGAUGUAGUAGAGGCUUUGUUGUAAUUUCUAUUUUGCGUUACUCCCUUCGGCGCCCUGCUUUUGGCACAGCCGGGCAUGUCCUGCUUUAUGGUCCUGGAGUCCUUAGUUCCAGCAGCCGGGCCUGGAGGCACCGGCUCCUCUCACCUCUCUAGGGACUGAGAGGCUCCGUGUGGGGGAGGAGAGGUCUCCAGGUGACACAUGGGCCACCAGCUCAUCUGAUGCUAGAUGGGCCUGCAGAAACGACAUUGAUCACACACACGUCAUUAGAAAGCGAGCAAAGAAUAACAACAACAGACCAAACAUGACUGGUGUCUGAUUGGAUAGAUGGCUUCAUUUCUGUUUCUGCAUACUAAGGUGAUUUCAAAAUAAUGUUUAAAGUUAUUUGUCCCUUUGUAAAUUGUUUAUUUUGUAUGAUCUAUAAAUUUAAAAGUAUUUUUUAGUAAGUGCUUUUAACAAACCUAAGCUUCCACAUUGCCAAGGGAAUUAAUUUUAUCUUUUGACAAGGUGUUGCUGUUUGAAUUUAUGAGAAAUGUAAGAUGAGAAUUCCCUAAGUGUGUUUAUAAAUCGAUAUAGUGUACAGAAUUAAAACUGAAUAAGGUAAGAGAUAAAGCUACAGAAAAUAGUUCAGUGUAUGGGAAAAUAGUAAUUAUAAUUGGGUAGUUUUGUUAAUAUUUUUUAUCUUAAUCUUGGUUUGCAAAAAAUUAUAGAAUGUAUAAAUGAAUAAAGAAAAAUAAUUUGGCUGUGUUUUAGACAGCAUUAGAAUAUAUUGUUCAGCACAGUAAAAUAUAUUUGAAAUUUGAUGAAGCAAAAAUGUGGUUUCAAAUGAAUAUUUUGUGAAUCUUUCUUAAAAGCUCGAAUUUGUAGACUUCUAAAUAUAAUAAACAGUUGCAGCAGA